CAUCGUAAUUUCGAUUAAUCUUGCCCCCAUCUCUCGUUCAAAGGCUGGAGCGUCGCGUUUGAAAUUACCGAUCGUUUUGUGGCAUACCGCGAUCCAAGCAAUAUAUUUAAAUAUCUAGUGUGUGCGAGGAAUUUAUUGCAAGAAGGUAGGUAGUUAGGACUGGCGUAUGUCACUAAAUGCUUUAAACUAUAGGCGAUCGAUUGAACCGGAGUACCUGGAUUUGUGCCUCAAGGACUUGCCACUCGCGCACACGUAUACACGCAAAUAAAAAGGAAAAAAAUGAGUGGUCUUAGAAAGUUUCAGGACAACGAGGCCUGGCGUCAGAAACUGCGUGCCUAUCUCUUGAACGAUUGCCAACCCAAGAAACCUGCCAAAAUGGAGGAGUCUAAGGAAAUGCGCUACAGCUUGAGUAUCGACGAGGACAUCCGGAAUAGGGCUAAGAAAGUGACUCCGCCGGCUGGCACCAGCCAAACCACAAUAUGUAUCAAUGAGGAUACCAUAUACGAAGGAGCUAUGGGACAAUUCAGUGAUCGGGAUGACAGCUUUGAUGCGUUCGAACGGAUGUGCGAUAAGACUGCCUCCGAUCCCAAUAGCACCUUGUUCCAGUACCUCCACAGUGAGGACAAAAGUCAGGUUGUUGCGAUGGCUAAGGAUCGCAGCGUCUCCCGAGACCUUAGCGCCGAUGAUCAGAAAGAAAUUGAUGCUCUGCGUCGUAUGCUUGAAGCAGUGGGCACCGAGGAUCUCCUGGACAACGAGAGUCCGGUGAAGGGCGUGGAAUGCACUCAGCUGGAGGACGUGGAGGCGCCUUCACGGUUCUGGGACAACGAUAAUACCAUGGCUGGGUUUGACGAGUCCAGCAUGGAGCCCAAAACCAAGGUCUCGCCCGUGAAGAUGGUGGGCCUGAUGCGCCCCUCGACUAUUAUCGAGGACAAUGAACUCGACUCUGACAUGUCAUCGCAGGUUAGCUUCCAGAGUGCUCGCACUUUAAAAACGAACGCGUCUAGUUGCUAUGAAACAGCUACAGAUAACUCUUUGAGCGGAACUCUUCUAAGCGUCGAUGAUAUGUUUUAUGCGGCAAUUGCUAAGGCUAAACCCCCGGGAAUGUCAAAGGGCGAAGAACUGGAGCUCCUAAGCGAUCUCCACGGUAGCCUAAAAGAGCUAACGAAGGAGCAGAAUGAGCCAGUAGAGGAGGAACAGGAAUCCGAUUAUGUAGAAAACACAAUAAUAGAACUGUCUUCAUCGGACGAUGAAGAGGUGCAGCUUGUUUCUGACCUAAAACAGGAAAAUAUCUCUUGUCUCCAUGAAAAGUCGGUUGCUGAGAAACAACCCGCACAUGACACUCCAGAGGAGGUUCAUGACUUGACAGCUGAAGUUGAGUCGGAGGACAAGGAGAACGACGAGAACCAAUCCAUGCAUUUUAACGAUACUAUGGAGGAGAUGCAGUUUAUGAUGCAAAAGGGCAUGGAGUACAUAGCUGGAGCAGCUGCGCCUGCUGCCGCUUCCUCCCUUGCUACUGCCAAGCCCAAAAGUCCGGUGUUGGCAAAAUCGAAUACGUUUGUAAUGUCGCCCAGGCAGAUUCGCAAAACUCCGAAAUCUGAAUUUUUGGAACCAUCCCUACCACUUCGUUCUAGUAAUAAAACCCCGCAAAGCCUUAGAUCAUCACCCUGCAAGGCUAAGCAGCCUUUGAAGCAUGAUCUCAACAUGGAGUGGACUAAGAAAAAGUUCUUCGGUGCAUCCUCUGGAAUUCCGCAGCGUCGACAGCAGCAGAUAAAGCAGCCGUAUUCUAAUAUCGUUAGUCCCAUUCGCACUUACACACAGAAGUCGGGCACUGCGCCUCUCAUGGCACUAUUUAGGCAGACCAGCGCAGACGUGUUCAGUACCUUGGCCAUAAGUGAGCUGGAACAGGAGUCCCGCCUUUGCCAACCGAAGCCUAACUUUGGCAAGGGCGCUGGCUCCGUAGAAAUAAGUGGAUGUUUGCUCGAGGGCAUUGACUCCACGGCUCAACUGCUGCCCAAAAAAGCAUACAUAUCUUCUGAAAUCAAACACGUGGUGGACGAGCGCACUCCACUGCCUAUGCCCAGUGUGCCACGCAUUCAAAAGUAUCUAAACUCGGCGGUGGAGCCUACUGUCCUCCGUCAUGAUGGUAAAAUGAAAAUGGCAAAUGAUGCGCCACGUAACCCCUCCACAUCGUCGCACAUCCCACGGCUCGCUAACCACAGCCUGGCCGAUCUAUCACUAGCCUCUGGAGAUGUUUCCUUGUAUACGAUUCGGGAUGCACAAAAGUUUUAAGAUUAUAAGAAAACGUCCAUGUUUUAAGGGUUAAACUUGCUACAAGAAUAUAAAUGUGUAUUGAAUAACUAGUCCUAGUAAA